AAUUUACUUUGUUUUAUUCUGCCAUUGUUGGAUUCUAUAACUUUUAAAGAUUAGUUAACUCCAAUGGUAAUGCCCUUUGUGCAAAGACAAACACAUUGAUCUUAUGAAUAAACAAACGGCGAUAUACUGUCAUGUCAAAUCACAUCUCAUGGAGAAAAUCGGGUAUCAAAAUUUCAUGAUCUCAAGGGCCAAUAGUCCAAAUUUACAAUCAUGGCAAAUUGAGGUAAAGAUACAAUUUCAGACAUCUCAAUCAAAUUACCGUGUUACAGCAAAAUAAACAUCUACCAUGUCUACAGAAAAGGAUUCACGAAGUUCUUGGUUAUUUGAAUUGCUUUUUUUUUACAGCAGCAUACGCCUUUGGAUUUGAGAAAAUGCCCUUUAUAAUAUAUUGACGCCAUACACGUAGACCAGUGCAAUUGAAGUAUUUGAUGAGACCUUGAUUAUUUGAUUUGUCUUUUUACAACAACAUUAUCGUCCAUUUACCACCCAUACGUCUUCUAAGAGAGGAAAAUAUAGCCCUGGUUAAUGUACACAAUGGAUCUCGUUAUCGCAUUAUGACUCGACAACCUGAGAGAAAACGUAUGACAAAUGGAUUGUUAAAAACACCCUAUCAUAAUGAUAUGACUAUGUCUUCGAAAAAAGGGGAGGGAACAGAGACUCCGGCAGAUUGUUCUUUUGUUGAAGGCAAACGGGAUGAUGGAUUUGAAAACGAUGAAAGAUCUAUCCAGGACGUGACUAUGUCUUUGAAAAGAUGCGAGGAUACCUUGACAAGAUCAGAUUGUUCUCUCGUUCGAGGCGAACGGAAUGCUGGAUUUGAAAACGAUGAAGAAUCUAUCCAGGAUUCUGCUGAGGAUUGUGAGGACACGCAAAUCGCCACCCAGAUAGAACAUUCUGACAUAUCUUCUGUAAUCCAGAAGACCGACCUUGCGGAUGAGAACAAACCAAAAGAGUGCGGUGGCUCAAGAUGGAGUAGAUUCCAGAUCCCUCAUAUAGGAAUUGUGUAUACAAUUACAUCAGCUGUGAUCCUGUCACUCUCUGGCAUGAUCGUGGUGUACCUCUCAGGAACACUGGGUCCGAACCAGCUUCUAUUUUCCCGGACAACUAUACAGCUCCUCUUUUGUCUGCCGAUGAGUGCUCUCAACAGGGUUUCCUUUUCACACAGCCGCAAAGCCUACGGUCUUCUUUUCCUUCGGUCUAUCCUUGGCGCAAUCAAUACAUCCCUGACUUACAUAAUCUAUCAAAUCAUGCCGGUUUCAAGUUCAAAAUCUAUUCAGUACAGCGCUCCUGUGUUUGCAGGACUUCUUGGUUGGAUAUUUUUAAAGGAAUCCUGCUCAUUUUUGGACACUCUUUUCUCUUUUCUGACUCUCGCUGGUGUUUUCCUGAUCGCGCAGCCACCGUUUCUCUUCGGGAAUCCAGAAUUGGAUGGCAUAGCUUUCGAUGCGAGAGUUCUUGGUUCGGUACUGAGCCUCUUAAGCGCUUUCCUUUCCGCGACCAUCUUGAUCCUCAUGCGAAAACUUGGGUUUUAUAAGGUUCCUUCGUUGGUCGUGCUUAUUUUCUAUUCAAUCUGUGGGUUAUUCUUAUCCGCAUUUCUCACGACCGUCUUACAGCAAUGGACACUGCCUGGAUGCGGAGGGGAUCGCAUCAUUCUCCUUGCCAAUGGAAUUAGUAACUUCUCCUCCCAAAUCCUAAUCUACCUCGCCCUUAAAACGGAACGGGCUCAAACUGUUGCUCUUGUCCACUCAUGCGACAUCCUCUUCUCAUUCACCUUAGAAUAUUUGUUCUUCGGUGUCAUGCCGAACUAUAUUACAGCGAUCGGGACCUUCGUGAUCAUCACUAGUUUUGUUGGGAUUACCUUGAAGAAAUUGUGGGAGAGUCGAAAACUUAAAGAUAGGCAAGAGGGGAAUGGGGAAGACAACCAAAGCGGCACCUCCAACAGCUGACAAGGGAGUCAAUUUCGUUAAAUACGGACACAACGUCGCACAAAGCCUCCGUCAUUUCAACAAUUGUUCAAAUAGUCUUCUUCAAAGAAAACGAAAACAUUACUGAGAGAGAGUCCUAAAUAUCAUUAUUUAAAACUUGAAAAAAAAUCAUUGUACGGAAGAAUCAAUGGAUGACCAAAAUUAAUGCUAUCUUUACUUUUGUUAAGUUGAACACGAGAUGUAACUCCAAAGAAAUGCCUAAUAAUGAACCUUAAUAAAGGUUCAAAAGGCCGUCAAUUAUUAUUUGCUAUGAUUUUCUCGUGAAUGGUAUUGAGUCAAAACAUAUUCUGCUUUUUCUUGUUCAUUUUUCCAAGCAAUUGCCCCCCACCGGAAAAUAAUGCAUUACAUACGCCCACAUAAAAACCCAAGUUAAUGUAGCAAUGAAAACAAUAUUAAAAUGAAAGAAUAAAUAAGACAUCAUUACACCUAUCAGCAGUCAUAAUUGAGAUAGGUUAACAGCAAAUGGCUGAUUGCAUUACUAAAUUUGAUAGAGUGAUGAAUCGGUAUGGAUUUGUUGUAUACAUGCAUGUGUGUCAUUCUGUUUAAGAAACCGGCACGAUAGCACUUGAUGUCGUUUACCACCUAUACAGUGCGUCCCAGAAAAAACGAAACCGAGAUUAAGCGAUGAUUUAUCAUAACUUAAUCACAAAUACAGUAGACCAAUGACCUACCAAUGUAAAGCUUAGAAUCUCUUCUUUCAUCUGAUAUUACUUAGAUUAUUCCUCAUUCACGCAUGA